AUGGCUAGCGAGAUGUUCAAGAAGCAAAAACAGCGCAUACCUCACAAGAAGGGUCGAGAAGUCUUUGCAAACUUCAAGGCUGCAGGAUGGAACAGAGACCAGCUUGCCGUGGUCAAGUCAUCCAAAUCUCUGACCUACAAGCAUCAGCUGGUGCAAGGCGCUGGUGGGUCUGGAAAGACGAAGCUCAUGACCGCCAAGGGCCACGAAAUCUCGACGACAGGUAAUGAGUAUGUUCUCUACACCACCGAGCGCAACUCAAUUUGCGACAACCUGCUUGAUGUCUAUGUGAAGCACUACCCAGAAGACCAGGCACCACUUCGCGCGUUUGCACAGGGUGCAUCUCUCAGCGAGAUGACUGGAAAGCAAGACUCAGCUGGCGAAGUCAACCCAGCAGAAGUUGUCAUGUACGAAUUGCUAAAGAAGAGACAGCAAGACCGAUCUUCGGCGAGAACUCAGCGCAUGCGCUUUACCGUGGAACACCACAUCAUCCAGGCCAUCCAAGACGGCAAGAUCCAGCAGGUUCAGCUGACAUCGGACGAGAAGGGUGAAGAGGGCAAGAAUAAGCCGCAUCCAGACCAUCCGGACCCUGUCAAUGUCUUCAAGUACUUCAAUGAGCUCCUCGAGGAAGCCAAGCUCCAUCCGCUCGGCGAGAUGGUUGCGCUCAGGGUGGACAGUGACGCCACCAAGCACUCAGUCGCCAAGCUCAUGGAUCCCACUCAUCCCAGCAACGGCGAAGCCAAGAACGGCCCCGACGGUGGUGAAGCUCCUGCUGCCGAGCUUGACAAGCAGGAGGUACAGCAUGAUCAAACGGCCCCGGCGGUGAUGAAGCUCCCGCCCCUCGUGCCCGAAGAUGUAUCUGACCUCAAAUCCGACGCCGGAGAAGGCCUUCAGCUCAGCGAGGCUAAGACUGGCCCAUACCGGCCGUCCGAUCGCCUCCGACUUGUCGGCCGGGCUCUCAAGGCAUGCCGCAAGAACGUCAUCGCAUCAGCAAAGGUGCUGAUCGCCACUUUGGCUACUGUUGGAUCUGACGACAUCCGCAAGUAUUGGGCACCAGAUCGCAGCCAUCAGGUAUGGGCCGAGAUCGACGAAGCGACUACCAUCCCGGAGGUCAUGUUUUACGUUCCACACGCCAAUUGCUACUCCACUUGGGGAAAGCGUAUCGUCUCCACCGUGCAGUAUGGAGACCACAGACAGCUAGCCCAUGCUCUGUGGCAUCCCAUCACCCAGAAAUACUACAACCGUAGAAUUUCGACCCUGGCGAAAGCUCCAAGCUUCGGACUUGAUGGUGACGACGUCGCUAUGGUCAAGAAGGCGAGAAACUGGCCCGAGACAACUAACGAUGACCUCGACGAGUUCCAGCAGCACUGGCUCUGGCUGGAAGUCGAGGGCACGCGCUGGGCGAAGGACGAAAGCUUCACACUCCACUCAUAG